UAUGGAUAGAACGAGACUCAGACUGUAUCUUCUUCUGUGUAUAUGUUUUGUGCCAGCAAGCACCCCAAGCAUUUUUGUAAAUAUUUUUUGUCAUAAUUCAUAUCACAUUAUCUUUUCAUCAUUUCUUAUCUCAUGCUCAUACGUGCCAAUUAAGUAUCUUCUAAGGUCCUCAUAAGUAUAAGGUGCCAAUUCAAGUCAGAACCGUUGGACAAACUAGCAUUUACGAAGCCGUUGAUAAUGGUUAAAAGACAACUUUUGUUGCUUUCUUCUUCAAGAGUUCACGGUUACGGAGGAUUUUUGGAGUACGCCUCCAAUGAUAUCUGCAAUAUUCUAACUGACAACAAUGUAUCGACUGUGUUAUUUAUUCCUUAUGCCAAAAGAAACCAUGAAGAAUAUCUACGAUUGGCUGAGAAACCAUUCAAAAAAUGGGGAUUUCAUAUAGCCAGUAUCCACACACAAGACCCACAAAAAGCAAUACAAGAAGCAGAGGCUAUUUUUAUAGGCGGUGGAAAUACAUUUAGGCUAUUGAAGACAUUAUAUGAGUUGGAUCUUGUGAAAGCAAUAAACAAAAGGGUUUUAGAAGAAGGAGUACCCUAUAUAGGUAGUAGUGCAGGUUCAAAUGUGGCAACCCGUAGCAUACAUACAACAAAUGAUAUGCCUAUAGUGUGGCCACCGAGCUUGUCGGCCUUGAAUCUGGUCCCGUUCUGUAUCAACCCCCACUUCCAAGACAAUCCUGAAAACAGUACGCACAUGGGGGAGACUCGCGAGGACAGGAUUCUAGAUUACCAGGAAGAACCAGACUCAAGCACAGUGCUGGGACUAAGGGAAGGAGCUACUCUCUAUGUCAAGGAUAACCAGGCGGUCAUCAAGGGAAUUCAUGGGGGCAGGCUGUAUAUAAGGGGCGCAGAACCCAAAGAAAUAAAAGUGGGCAGUGAUAUCAGCUACUUAUUACAGUAAUAAAAUACGAACCUAUGGACCAAAAAUAACCAACCUGCAACAAAUAAGUCUUGUCUGAAAGUGAUUUAUAAUGUAUCUAAAAGAUGUUAAACUGAUUUUUGAAAUAUAAGAAGCACAUUUUUUUCAGA